UUCUUCGAGCGACUGCCUUGUGAUUGGUGCAGGGGCGACACGGGGGGCGGUUCUGCUCGGUGGCGAGGAGCGGCCGAGGCCAGCUGUCCCGUGGUGGCUCCUGAAUGUUUGGGCUCAGGACCCUCCUAAGCCUUGGCGUGUUCGUCUCGACGCGGCUGGCUGCCCGUGGCUUGAGGCAGGGACUCUCUCGGGGACCGGGCUUCCUCUGCCCUAGAACCCAGUGGCCAGAGAUGUCCGGCCAGGGGAACCUCAGCUGCCCUGCCCCUAGCGGGAAAGCCCUGAAGUACCUGGGACAGGAGGAGGCUCAGAAUAUUGACCAGGAGCUAUUCACCGAGUACCGGUUCAGCGUGGACCAGUUGAUGGAGCUGGCGGGUCUUAGCUGUGCCACUGCCAUUGCCAAGGCAUACCCACUGUCAUCGCUACGGAAAGAAAACCCCACUGUGUUGAUCGUGUGUGGACCGGGCAACAAUGGCGGAGAUGGACUUGUGUGCGCGAGGCAUCUCAAGCUCUUUGGCUACAAACCAGCCAUCUUCUACCCAAAACAGUCCAGUAAGCCUCUGUUCCAGUCACUCACCACACAAUGCCAGAAAAUGGACAUCCCCUUCCUGGCAGAAUUCCCAUCUGAGCCUGCCCUUAUUGACGAGGUCUACAACCUAGUGGUGGACGCCAUCUUCGGGUUCAGCUUCAAGGGAGAAGCCCGUGAGCCCUUUGCCUCCAUCCUGACUAUACUGGAGACAGUGACCAUCCCCAUCGCCAGUGUGGACAUCCCAUCCGGUUGGGACGUGGAGAAGGGCAACCCGAAGGGGAUCCAGCCCGACAUGCUCAUCUCGCUCACUGCCCCCAAGAAGGCAGCCAGCCACUUCACCGGACGCUACCACUUCCUGGGGGGCCGCUUCGUGCCCGCGGCCCUGGAGAAGAAGUACAGUCUCAACCUCCCAGAGUACCCUGGCACCGAGUGCGCCCGCCAGCUGCUGUGACACCCCUGCAUGAGGGUGCCGUGUUCCUGUGGGCAGUCAGGACGGGUGGUCUCGCACUCGCUCCAUUGCUGUGCUGCUACUAGCAAUCUGAGCAGGUGGAGGUGGCUGGGUUUUUUAAUAGGGAGCCUCAGAGUACACCAUGAAUCACAGCACAGGAGACCUUUCAGCCUGCUGGACCCCUGCCAGCUCUCUGAAAGGGUUCUUCCGAAUGCUUCCCUCUCUCCAGUGUGGUCGGACUCCUCGCUGAAUGUGGUCCCACCAUCUCCUUGGGCAGAAAAUGACUGCAUGGAAAUGCUCCCCCAUCCUCCCCUUCUGUCUCUGCUACCCCAUCCGUGAUGAAUGAGGUCCCAGCGUCUCCCAGCACAGCAACUGGCUGUGUGGAAAUGCUCCCCCCACCCCCCCACACCUUUCCUCUGCUAACCAGUCCGUGAUGAAUGUAGUCCCAGCAUCUCCCAGCACAGCAACUGGCUGUGUGGAAACCCUCACCCCGUCUUCCCUCUGCUACCCAGUCCCUGCUGCCAAAUCACUGUUUUAAAUUUUGUUUUUGUCUCGUGGGAGUUUGAGACUUUCACCUCAUUGUGGAAGUUUCCAAGUGUAUCUCCAGGCUUGCUCAGAUCCUGCCGGGAGCCCAACACCCAGAAACACCAGCUAAGAUUGUGUCCAAUUGGAAUGGUGUGACAAUCCUACUGGGGAACUGAUCAGAGUUCUUCUCGCUGUCAGUACUGUGCAGUUUGUUAACGUGGGCUGGGGUUAACACCUCUCUGAAGAACAGUGCUCAGUACAUAAUGUCCCUUUUUCACAGGAGCACAGUUACGGUGCCAGGGGUUAAUCAGGAAUGUUUCUCUAGCACAAACAGGGGUCAGACUUUCAGCUACACAAUAAAAGGAAUGAAUAAAGUUG